AUGAAGGAGAUCUGCGAAGCUCUGGACAAGGGCGGCGUGGACGGCUUGCGGCAGCUACUGGACACCAAACCCGAGUUGGCAACGACGCCCGAUCGAUUGGGCGAUCUUCCACUACAUGUAGCAUGCUCCUAUCGUUACGAGACGGUGGAAGCCCUGCACAGUUUGCCGGUCCUUACAUUACUGGUGGAACGUCACCCUGCAGCGCUACAGACGACAAAUGGCCAUGGCAUGUUACCGUUGCAUUUGAGUUGUUGGUUUGCGGCGGAACCUCAAAUUCGAGCCAUUGCAUCGUGGUACCCCGCCGGGUUGGCCGCCGCCGAUGACAAUGGCUAUAAGCCAAUCACCUUUGUGAUUGCCAAAUUGGUCAUGGAAGGACGACCGUGGAGUGACUACGAGUCGUUAUUGACGUGCCUACUGGGCAUGUGUCCGGAGAGUCUGUGGAAUGUCGAUCAUCAAGGCGUCCUGGCACUGCAGUCGGCGUGUUUUGACAAUGAUGGGAGUGACGCCAGACCCAUUCCGACGGGACGACAAUUGUUGCAAUUGUACUGUCAAUUGACUUGCUCAACAGGAGGUCUGCACAAGAUUAUUGAUGUGGAACAACAACGCGCGCCACUCCUAGUGGCCAUUGCCUCGCAGACGAGAAUGGAAGUGGCGCAAAUGAUUUUCGAACAAGAUCCGACGACUAUUCGAUUGACCGACAAGGACGGACGAUUGCCACUGCAUCAUAUCAUGACCAACCAAUUUCAAAGUCGACAGUUGCGCAUGCUCAAGGAAAAGCUCACGUGGCUCUUGCAAGUCGAUCCCAGUGCCGUCUUUCACCAUGACCACUACGGCAAGACACCCCUCCAUUGUCUCCUCGAAAAUCAAAGCCUCGUCGUCAACGAACAAGACGAACCCGAAGUCGCCACCACAUCCUUGCUCUUGCCGUCGGCAAACAACAACAAUAACAACAAUGCCGACUUUUUGUAUUCCCCCGAUUCCACCGCCUUGCUCAAAUUGUUGCUCACGCCGCGCAAUGCCACGUCCCAAUCCGAUCGCAACGAAUGGAUCCUGUUUGCCGUAGAGGCAGUCUUACACGCCAAUCAUCGACACGAACGCAGUGCGCCCGGGCUGGUACAAGGACUCUUGCAGCAUUAUCCCGGAGCCAUUCUACAUGCCAAUCACAAGGGACAGACCGCACUGCAAUUGUUACUGGGAUCGCAGCAAGCUUCAUCCAGCAACAACGAAAACAACAACAACAGCAACUGUUGUUCGCUCGAUACCAUCUUCACACUCGUCAAUCACAAUCCCACGAGUGUUCUGUAA